CAUAAUUUUAAAAAAUAUUUAUAAUAAUUAAAAAUAUGAUUAGUAGUGCAAAAAUAAUUUAAAAUUUAAAUUAAUAUUUAUCUUAUAGUAAUAAAAUAACCCUAUAGAUUUAUUCCAAAUUCCUUUUCAAACCUUCAACUCAAAAUCUUUUGGUCACCCCAUUUUUCUAUCUCGUUGCAAAAAUUCUCUGCUGCUUCACUAUCUCCGAAGACGAUCUGACCUCAGUGCAGCCCUUCUUCGGAUUCUGUAAAUAUGGCAGCCAGCAGCAGCCAGAACGGAAUCCAACUCUUGUUAUCUGCGGAGCAAGAAGCCCAGCACAUCGUGAAUACUGCUAGAAGUGCAAAGCAAGCUAGAUUGAAGCAGGCAAAAGAAGAGGCCGAGAGGGAAAUUGCUGAAUUCCGCGCCCAAAUGGAGGCUGACUUUCAGAAGAAGGUUGAGGAGAGCAGUGGAGACUCGGGUGCGAAUGUGAAGCGCCUUGAGCAAGAAACUGAUGCAAAGAUCGAUCACCUGAAACGAGAGGCUUCAAUAAUUUCUCCCGACGUUGUGUCCAUGCUUCUAAGGCACGUUACUACCGUGAAGAACUGAGCUUGUGCUGUAGCAUAUUAAUACGUUGCGUUGGUUCGAUGCUUGCCCGUUUCUUGAAGAAGAUCGAUUAUUUUCAUCCUUUUCUGCGAGGGGGAGAACUAUAACUAUGGGUAGUGUUCAUUCUUUGUCUCUUUACUAGCCAUAUUGAGAUGCUGAACCAAUAAAUUUUGUGAUUGUGUGUGAAAUAUGUCUGGAUUUGGCCUUGAACUCGGCUCCAGUCGAUGGUCGGAAAAUCUGUCUCUAAAUCGAACCUCCGGCCUAACUGCGGUUGUGGUCGGGUUUGGUGUCGGAGCAAUGGGUCUAGGAGAUGUCACACCCAAACUAUCUGGUGUUUUAAUAAUGAGUCGGAUAGAUGUUACACCGGAAGAAAUAUAUUUGUUACGCUGAAAGUA